AUGCUUGGUUUUAGUGCUGUUCAAUCAGGUACUACACAAUCUAGUGAACCAAAUGUUACUUGGCAACAUAUAUGGUCCUUUAGUGAAACACGGGGUGCUCUCUUUAAUUCGUCAUUUGUUGCCAUUCCCAAUGAAAUCUUAUUACGCAUAUUUCAAUUGUUAUCUGUAAGAGACCUAUGCAAUGUUUCAUUGGUUUGUCGAUCUUUCAAAAUGAUCGCCGAUCAAGAUGAAAUAUGGAAACCAAAGUGUAAUACAUCAACAAAAUUACAUUCGAAAUCAUUCAAACAAAUUUAUAUGGAUUGGAUGCAUGGACAAUGUUUGCAUAAUAAAAGACUAUGUCGUGUGACUUUAUCUAUGAGAGCUCCAUGUAUCCUAAUUCCACCACCCUUAUUUCCUAUUCGACCGACAGGACAACAUAAUUUUGAAUAUAUUGGUGGAUUCAAUCAGCAUCCAAAUUCGUCAUCAACCAUGACAAUUAAACUAUCGGUCAACAUUGAUGAUACAGCUCCUGAACUUAUAAAACUAUUAGAAAAAGUAUCUAAAUUUCGAGAACAAUGGAAGGAAUCAUAUAUUUUAAAACAAAUGAUAAUGAGAUAUUAUCGUUUUAUGCAAUUGAAAGCAUCUCAUCCAACACAUCUUCUAUUAAUUCCUACUUUGGAUAUUGAAAUUGUUUGGCAAACUCAUUUACUUCGGCCUGAAAUCUAUCAAGCUGAUUGUAUUCGUUUGUUUCGUCGAGUAGUUGAUCAUAAAUUAUUGGCUAAUGAUAUUGAAGAUUUUUUGAAAGAGCAAGCAUUUCGAGAUACUUGCCAAUUAUAUGAACAAAGAUUCGGCGAAAAAUAUGGUCCAUUAUUACCAAUCGAUGCCAUAAAUCAAGUACCAUCAAAUGCUUCUCGUUUUAUUNAAGUUUUCUUUUAG